AAACACUGACUUCCUGUUCUUCUUUCCUUUGACUGAGUUUGAGACGCUAACCCGGCUGUGGUCUGUUUCUUCGCUGGCCGGAGUGAUUAGCUUGAUAAAGAAUUUAAAAUCAUAAUCAACACAAAGAAGUCACAUGUUGGCACAUCUCGCGUCGGUCUCUGUCAUCGCGUCCGUGGUUGGAAGCUCGGGCCUCGAUUCAUGGAUUACAUGAAGCCACAUUAUCAGACGCCCAGGUGUGGUCAUGUGACUCGGUUCACUCGUCAGGAUGUUUAUGGCGGCUGGAGGUCUGCCUGCAAUUAAAGUAAUUAGAACUCUGAGCUCUGGAGUCAUUUUCGAGUGGUUUGGUUGGAGUUUCAGUUAAAAACUGUGGGAACACCCUGAAUGUGGGCUUCCUGUACGUGUGAGCGUACCACAGUGAUGCUGUCUGACUGAACACCUGAAACUGUGUGUGCGUGCCGCGCUGCAGGGUCCCGCCGUUGUCCGUCGCCUGGAUCUCGUGUGUCUGCGCCGGCCGAGGCGUUCGGGAGCUGCAGCUCUCUAAUUAGAGUUUCUGGUUUUAGGUUUUCAGCGGCACGCAGAGGGCGGAGGAGGAGGUUUACUCAGCUCUUUGUCACUUUGUUCUCGUGCCGUGACAAUGCUGUGACCUCUGACCUCUGAAUGUUUCUGCAUCGGUGAGGCUGCAGCUGCGGUCUGGUUCUCACUGUGUGAAGUCAGCUGGUCUCAGGUUUCCUGCAAUUCUGCAGCCGAGGCUGUGAAUACCUGAGGGGGGAGGAGGAGGUUUGGUGGUUUUGGGGCGGUGGAGGUCUUUCAGGAAGUGGGAUUGUGAGGAAUGCGGCUGCUGGCAGACGCUCCGCUGGUUUGGCUGCUGCUUCUCACUUUUAGUUUUUGCUGACUGAGAAUGUGAAACAGCUUCAGUGCAGCGGCUCUGCUGCGGGAACACGACUCCACCUCUUCUUCUUCUUCAUCACUUCUUUACACCAGAGCCACCCUUUCCUUUCUUCCUGGGUUUGUCUGAGGCAUUGGACAGUUUUUCAGAAGGAAACGCUCUGACUGCAGUCUUCACCUCAAGUAACUGACUCUCUGCGCUCACUUUGGUGCUGGAGAGGUGCCGAGUAUGGAUUUGGACUUUGUCCCUCCAGGCUGGAGCAGCGUCGUGGUGCCUUCAGUUUUGUCCUCAUGCUGUACCUGAGUUUGCAGACACACUGGCCUCUUUCAUGAGUCCGUGCGUUUCCUCCUGCACUGAUCAGUGGAAGGCCUGGAGACUGGUCGGCGACCUCUCACCAAACACGUUUUCACAGUGUGACCACAGCUGUGGUGAAUCAAUCAGUCUGCAUAAGAGGGUAAAGUGCUGAGAGUCAGACUGACAAAGUAACAGGAACAUCAGAGAGUUUUCAUUUGGAUCUGAAACAGAGCACGUGUCCCACGGGACAUCAUGGCCUAAGCCCACAGAGCAGCGCCCACAGAGCAGCGCCCACGAUCCUGUUUGCAUGUCUAUUUUUAAAUCUCAGUAGAACUGCAACCAAAUAAGCGAGAGCAGGGGUCUCAAACUCCGGUCCUCGAGGGCCGACUGCAGAGCUGAGCAAUGACAACAUCAGCAGCUGGAUAAAGGUUUCCAACUGGUCCUUCAACUCACGUGUUCUCCAUAGUAGCAGAAAUGCAUAAAAAUGAGGCUUUUAUGAAAACACUGAAUAAAAAUGACUUCUUGAAAGACAAUAAAUGUACAGUUCAGUAUACGAAGUGUGUUUGACUGGCAGAGAUGAGCCAUGGCUGAACGGGACUCACAGGCCUGAGUGUGCACUUCAGUCAGAAUUAUAAUUUAUUAUUUAAUUUAUAAUUGAUAUAAUCUUUCUGUGUCUGUCAGUGAAACUGUUUUUGCAGAGAGUCCAUCACUGGACUGUGAUGGAUGUGAAGCUGAUGGCAGUACUUCAGCUGUGCAGCGAUCAGCUGAUUCUGAAUGUUUUUGAAGAUUUCUUCAUCGAAUAUGUAAACAUUUUAAUCUGCGAGCAAAACACGUCCUAAAGGUCCUGAUCCGUCCCGUGAAUGUCCCGAUGGACGAGGGUUUACACGCUAAGCUCUUCAGCGUGACAGUCAGGAGUGUGCACAGCCUGAAGUCUGACGAGGAGGCAGGAAGUCAGAAGGAGACAUCCUUUCAGUGUAAAGGUCACCACCAGGGGGAGGAGCCAGGAGGACACGCGCUGAUGCUGGUGUGCGAACACCUGGGUCUGCAACACCUGCACACUGAGGAAGUGGACGUGCUGCUCAGGAAGUUGGAUCCCGACCUAGACGGCAGGGUCAGCAUCAGGGAAUUCAAGAAGGUGCUCUGUGGCUCCACCCCCAUCACCUGUUCCACCCCAGUACGACAAGCUGACCUGAGAGCGCCACACAAGCCUCGGGAGGUGUCAGAGGAGCACUCGGCCCGCUCCGCCUCGCCCUCCCUGCUAAUGGCCACCGUGGGUCAGAGGGUGCUCAGCCGGCUGGACGACGGCUCAGGAUGUACGAGCCCCGAGCGCGUCGCGGCCCUGUGGACGGAGGAGGGCAUCGGGAACAGCCGGGACAUCCUGCAGACUCUGGACUUCCCCUUGGAGGAGCGCCUCAGUCUGGCAGAUCUGACGCUGGCACUGGACAACGAGCUGCUGGUCAGCGGGAACGGCAUCCACCAGGCGGCGCUCAUCUCCUACAAGAUCGAGAUCCAGCACCUGCAGGAGGUGGCCGAGCAGGCCUGCAGGGAGCGCGACAAGGUGAAGGCCGACCUGGAGCGGGCCGACCGCAGGAAUCUGCAGCUGGUCAGAGAGGUGGACGACCGGCACGCCAGCAUGGAGACACUCAACCAGAGCCGGAUCAGGGACCUGGAGCAGGACUUCCGCGAUAGGCUGACGACUCUGCGCAGCGAGACAGAGCAGGAGAGCGAGGCGCUGCUGCAGCACAUAGAGCGAGAGCGCGGCGCUCUGCAGGAGGAGCUGCAGCUGCUCAGAGCGCAGGAGGUGGAACUACAGGAGGAGCUCUGCAGCGCCGUGCAGGAGAACGGUCGUCUGGAGGAGGAGCUGAACGCUGUGAAGAUGAAGCUGACUGAAGCCGAAGGCUCAGCGAGGCGACUGCAGAGAGACCUGGACCAGAUGCUGAGUGACAAGUUUGGCGGUUUGGACCCGUCCAGCGUUGGUCUGAGUCAUGAGGAAAGAUUCUCUGAAAUCAUCAAAGAGUACGAGCAGCAGUGCCGGGAGCUGCAGGACAGAAAUGAUGAGCUGAGCUCAGAGUUGGAGCUGCUGAAGAAUCAGAGGAGAAACAGGAAGUGCAGACGGCGUGCUGGAGCCGCCAACGCGCUGAGCUGGAACCAGCAACACUCGGAGUCAGACUCAGACUCGGGCGUGAAGCACUGCUCGUCUCCUCGGGUCAGGAAGAAACUGGAGCCGGCUGAUAAAGCAGCUCUGUGCUCAUUGGACGACUCGGGCCCGGCCGUCAGCAUCCAGACUGAACUGGCCCUGGAACAGCUGAAGCAGAAACACGAGGAGGAGCUGCAGCAGCUCAACAUCCAGCUGGAGACGCAGAUGAACUACUACGAGCGCAGCUUGGAGAAGAUGAGGCAGAGCAUGGAGGUGGAGCGGAAGGACAUCUCUCAGGCCUUCAAGCUGGAGAUCAGCGAGCUGGAGGAGCAGAAGUCUCAGGUGGAGCAGCAGGUGAAGCAGCUGAAGGAGACCGUGGACAAACUGCAGACUCAGAUCCAGCAUGGAGGAGGGCGGAGCAACGAGCAGGAGCGCAGGAUGCAGCGGGAGCGCGCCGAGCUGGAGCAGAACUUCGCCAGAGAGAUCGGUAACCUGGUGCAGCGGCUGAGCGCUGAGAAGGACCAGCUGGAGGCGGAGCUGAAGCUGAAGAUGGAUCAGGAGGUGAUGCUGGUCAGGGAGGAGUCAGAGCAGCAGCUCGCUCACAUGAAGAUGCAGCACGGUGAAGCUCAGCGCCGCCUCCUGCACCAGCUCCACCAGGAACGCCGGCGGCUGCAGGAGCAGAGAGGAUUCUGGGAGAGGAGGCUCGUGCAGGCGGAGCAGGAGAAACUGUGCAGUGAGGAGCGAGCCCGGGAAGAGAAGAGGAGCAUGGAGGAACGGCAAGAGGAAGAGGUCCGGCUCCUGAAAGAGCAAGUCUCCGGUUUGCAGGAUGUCCUGCGGGCGUCCAGCCAAUCAGAGGCCAAUUUGAAGGAGGACCUAGAGGCGUCUUACAGGCGGAGCGGGGAGCUGGAGGCUCGGCUGGAGGAGGCCUGCGCGCAGCUGGAGGAGAGUAUCGCCUUCUUGGAGUCUCAGGAGCUUCUGAACAAACGCCUGGCCUCGGAGAAGAGCUCGGCGGAGGGGGAGCUGCUGCUAGCGAGGAGCAGGGAGGAGGAGCUUCAGGUUCAGGUGUCCCACACAAAGGCUGAGCUGGAGGAGCUGCAGGCUGCGUCCGCGUGCCUCCUGCAGGACCGAGAGGAGGCGGCAGGAAGCUGCAACCGGCUCUCCUGCACCGUCGCCCAGCAACAGGCUCAGCUCCGAGCCCGCGAGCACACGGUCUCCUCCCUCAGGGCGGAGCUGGAGAACCUGCAGGAGGCGCUCAGGAGCAAAGCUGAGUCAGUUUCCAGACUUGCGGCUGAACUGGACUCUCUUAAGACGGACCGCGCCCGGCUGAUCCAGGACCUGAAGGAGCAGGCCAUGGCCGUGGACCACCUGCAGCUGCAGCUGGACGGCGUCUCCGAGGAGCUGGACCGGAGGAGGAGCGGCGAGGAGACCCUGCAGGAGGCUCUGGAGCAGGAGCAGAGCCGGACCUCGCUGCUCCGGUCCAGCCUGGCGGAGGAGAAGGAGGAGGUGUGGCGUCUGAGCCAGGAGAACGGGACUUACAUCCGGCUCACCGACCAGCUCUCCACCCAGAUCGUGGAGAUGGAGGAGGAGAUCUCUUCUCUCAGAGACCACCUCCGAGACCUCAGCUCCCAGCUCAACGACACCGCUGACCUGGUCCUGGAGCUCCGCAAGCAGCUCAACGCCAAGACCGGUCAGGUCGAGCCGGCGAGCAGCGAGCAGCUCCUCCAGCUGCAGACCGCUCUGCGGGACUCCGAGAGCCGGCAGAGGACGGUGGAGGAAGACUUGGAGAGGGAGAAGAAGAAGAUGACGAAGCAGCUGCUGGAGCUAGAGGACCUGGUUCUGGCUCUGGAAGAGCUGGUGGAGCCGGCCGGUGCACGCAGGACUCAGCUGGAGGAGGUCCGAUCAGAGAACGCAGCGCUCCAGGAGAGACUCGGCGCCCUGCAGCAGGAAGUCCACAAGAUGGAGGAUGAGGUUGCCAAGAAGAGGAGGAAACUGGAGGAGAUGGAGAGAGAACACGAGAGAAGCAGAGAAGAAGAAGAGAGGCUGCACAGAGAGAACUCCAGAUAUCGUGAGGAGGUUCUGGAUCUGAGCAGCAGGAACCUGCAGCUGAGCACCGACAACGCUGAGCUCAGCACCCGUCUCCGUGGAGACCAGGAAUCAGUCCGUAUGCUGCACGAGCGCCUAGCGACGGUUUCUAAGGAGCAGGAAGAGGAGCAUGUGACGGUGCGGCGGCUGCAGGACGCAGCGCUGCAGCACGAGCGGGAGAAGCUGCAACUGCAGGCGUCCUGGACACAGGAGAAACAGCUGCUGGAGGCGGAGCUUAGCACCUCCAAGGAGAAGCUGGAGCGCCAGCCGGUGCUGGAGGCGGAGCUCAGCGCCGUGACUCUGAAGCUGCAAUGGGUGGAGGAGGACAAGGCCAAACUGCUGAGAGACGCCGAUGAGCGAAAUACAAAGGUGGAGAAGCUGCAGCAGAGCGUGCUGUCUCUGGAGUCGGAGGCGGAGCUCCUUCGCUCUCAGCUUGCCACCAUCAGUCAGGAGAAACUCAGCCACGCCCAGGAUGCGACGGAGCUACAGAGGAAGUUGCAGGAGGCUCAGAGCAGGGUGGAGGAGUUGGAGGCCGGUGUCAGGAAGCUGAUGAGGGAGAAGGAGGAGCUCCGACAGGCGCUGCAGGAGCAGGAGGAGCAGGCCUCUGUCACUCUGCAGGAAGAGACCUGCAAACUGAGAGUCCAGAACCAGGAGCUCCAACACCAGCUCUCAGAGCUGCAGGUGGAAAAUGUGAAGGUCCACAAACUGAGCGAGGAGCAGAAGGAGCUGAAGAGCAGACUGAGUGAGGCGGAGGAGGCCCGGAUCCAGGCCCAGGACCAGGCGGUGCGAGCAGACGCCGCCCUCAGCGUGGCGCAGGCGCAGCACCUGCGACAGCAGCAGGAGGACAACAGCUGCAGGGACUGGGCGGAGGUGCUGCAGGCCCAGCUGGUGGAGGAGCAGAGGAGUCGUCUGCAGCUGGAGGAGGAGCUGAGGCAGCAGGAGCAGAAGAGCAGCUCUCAGAUCAGCACAAAGCAGGAUCAGUACGAGAAGGCAAUGGCGGCGCUGCAGCAGAGGGCGGAGGAUGUGGAAACCAAACUGAAAGCGGUCCGUCUGCUCCUGCAGGAAAAGGUGGAGCAGCUUAAAGAGCAGCUGGCGAGGAACGCCAAGUCGAGCGCACUGCUGAAGGACCUGUACGUGGAGAACUCGCAGCUGAUGAAGGCGCUGCAGGUCACCGAGCAGCGGCAGAAACGUGCCGAGAAGAAGAACUUCCUGCUGGAGGAGAAGGUCGGCGCGCUCAACAAGCUGCUGAGGGACAUCGUCCCUGCAUCGCUCGCCACGUAACCAUGCCAACGCAGAGCAGAAGGCCCCAGCAGGUGGGGGCGGGGCCUCACCUGUGCCCUGUGUGGAGCCGGUGGAUGUCUGGAGCACACACACGUUCGGUGUGUCAGUAUUAUCUUUGUUUAUAAUGAAACUUUUUUUUAUUUUUGCGUCAUUGAAAUAAAGUUUUAAUGUCUCUGUGAC